CCCAAAUCAACCUUGGUCUACACUCAAAGAACAAGAGCUUCAAAACUUAAUAUCCAAAACCGCCCCAUUUACAUCCAAGUACUUCUCAAACCCAAUUUUUGUCUUCUAAAGAUGUCUCUUCAGCAGCAGCCACAACAACCAGUUCAGGUUUACCCAUCCACAGUCACAAAUCAGGCACCUUCACACCAUUCAAAUGGGUCUUUUGGGGCAGUUUUCAUUGUGUUAGCCAUAAUUCUAGUCAUUUCUGUAGUCGCUUGUUUUCUUGGACGCCUAUGCAACAGGCGCUACAACAAUAACCACAGUCACAGCCAGAGACCCACUAAGCAGCAAAGGCCUCAGAUUCACAACCUCCAUCAGAGAGAAGAAGACAUUGAAUUUGGGGUUGACAAGAGAAUCCCAGUUCCACCACCAAUUUUAAGGCCCAAAGGAAAUGGUCAUGGUCCUGAUCACGGUCAUCAUCCUCAUGCUCAUGGUCCUGAUCACGGUCAUCAUCCUCAUGCUCAUGGUCAUGGACAUGGACAUGGACAUGUUGAUGAUCAUAACAUGAAAGAUUUCGAAAUGAGACCUGGCCUUGAAGGAGAGCUUAGAGCAGGUGCAUGAUGGAACUCUAAGAGGACCUUACGUAUACUUAAUUAGUCUUUCCCACU